AUGUCUCGGGAAAACCAGGGUGAAAACGCCGGAAAUGUACACGAAGAUGGUGAGCAACCGGUGGGAGGAAGAGAAGUAGAAGCGAAUGAACCAGAAGAUAGAAGAGCGGUUCCCGGUAUAAGAGGAGACCAAGUUGAAGCAUAUCUCGCAAGAUUGAACAACGUUCCACAGCAACCACAACUGCCCCUUCGACGGGAGGAACUCAAUCAUCUUCCACCGGGAAGAUUUGUUAGACAGGAUGAUGAUGUUUCCUUGGAGAACGCACUCUUUAAUCAUCACUUUCAAAACGUUGAAGUAGUUUAUGGUCCGGGUCCACUAGUCAGAUUUCAACCAAGAAUAGUAGAAGCACGAAUGAAUCCUCAGGUGUUUGAAGAUUUUGAAGAUCCAGUAAUCGCCGAUCCUCAAAGAUUUCAGGAUAUCGAAGAUAUUCUAAGAGAAGCAAUACGAAACGAAGAGGAGGAUGACAACUCUUCCGGUAUAGGAACUGAUACUGAAGAUGAUGAAGAUAUGGAGAAUGUCGAGGAAGACGACCACGCUCGGAGGCAAAAUCCAAGGUAA